UGCGCUGCAGUACACUCAUACAAGGUUUGUAAUCCACACUUUGCGGUACACUGCUUUAAAAAUAGUUACGUGCAGACGGUGCAGUACCUAAUUGAAAAAUUUGAGGGCUUGAUAAUAAUGCGCUCCUAGUCACAAAAACAAAAGCUUCCUUAGAGGGUUGAUUGCAACUGCUUAAUAAGCAAGGUUCAACGCACUUAACUGGUCUACGCAAAAUCUUUAACCAUAAUAUUAUCAUAAAUCUGUCCAGUUAAUUUAAGAUGGAUAGCUACAUACCUCCCGCCAAUCGCAGGGACCCGAAACAAAUAUCAAGCUAUCGUCCUUCCAUUAAAACUUUGGGCUGUUACGAUGAUUUCAUUCGACUGGGAAAUCAACGAGCAACAAUGUCCAAGAACCCGAUUAUCGUCAAACCGCAUAUGGAGGCCGGUGAACAGAUGCCGCCCAUGGGUCCUAUACCUCCAAAAUCUCACGUUUAUGGCUUGUACAAAACAAAGGCGAAAUAUGACAACGUAAAGUCUGCCAUUGACGAUUGGCAAAGUUUCAAUACUGACAAGCAGCUGAAAUUGUUUGAAAGAUACCAUCGUCGGCGGGACACCGUCACAGCCAAUACGCGGGCACUGGACGCCAAACUGCAUACGCCAAAAGAAUGGAACCGGUUCGUCCUGCAGCAGAAAGAUCUCUGGUGCUAUCUUCCGCCUCGUACCCAGGAGUCAUACAAACUGGCCCACACUUACCGUGUUCCCGAAGAUGUUGACAAAAGACUACUGCCAGGAGAAGACAUCUACCGCGUUUUGGCGCAUGAUUAUGGCCGCGAAUGGUUCCGCUUGCACUACGCUACAUCCAAUCAUGAAACAGCUUUGAAUCAAAUUGAUCAAAGGAUGCUGGGAGCGAAAUUCAAUAGCAUCCGAGCAGGUUACUAUACAAAAGGUCAACAUGUUUUGAAAAAGCGCUUGAUGUCAAGAGUCGGCCAUAAUAUGCUACCACUUCCGGCUAUCAAACCUCCGGCACGCAUAAAAAAUGCUCAAACGAAGCUGAACACUUUUCGAGAUGGUGACCUUAAGCAAAAGAAUUGGCAUAUAUCGCAACCCGAUCGCUCCCAGUGGCAUUCUGCUGCGCCAGUCCGACAGUAAAGCGCGGCUAAUUACUGUAUAUAGCAAAAAUGAAAGCAUUGUUUCUGUUGUUAAGUUUUCAUUUCAAAAUCUGCUAUCGCAUGCCGACUUGGUACUUGGAAACGGUAAUAAAACACUGGCACAAACUUAGAGCAAGUGGUGCAUUAAAAAUGCACAUGUCGGUUUGCAUGAAAUUUACAAAUGUAUUAGCACAAAUUUUGCUCCCUAUUAUGCGCCAACGGAUUUCUUCAGGUUUUCCUUAGCACUUUCCACGCUAUCCUUUGCCGCAUCUUUCAGAUCACUGAGCUUUUCUUUAGCAUAAUCAGAAAAGUCACCAAGUUUGUCUGCCGUUGUGUCAAAAGCUUCCUUGGCUUUUCCUUUCACUUCUGCCAUUUUAUUUUCUGCGUCGCCUUUCAGACCUUUUGCCUUCUUUAGCGCUUCGUCCUGUAGCUCCUGGACUUUGUCACCAGCUGACUCGGCGGCAUCUUUGGCUUGUUUUUUGACAUCCUUGCCUUUCUUUUCCGCUUUAACUUUAACAUCUUCAGCGGUGUCCAUUACAUCUUUUCCUAAUUUCUUUCCAUCAUUUACAGC